UCUAUGGUUUCAUUCAGGUUAAGGUGGGUGAACGGUGAGAGUCAGGUUGGGAUUUAAACAUGAACGCUGACUGCGAAUCAAAGGAUAAACAAUCGUGAUUGUUGUGUUGAAAUUAUUAACAACCAUGUCUAAAAUACCUGGAUAUGAUACCCACGACGAUGGUCCUGGCUUUGUCGGAAUUAGAUUUUGUCAAGAAUGCAACAAUAUGUUGUACCCAAAGGAAGAUAAGGAGAAUAAAGUGUUGAUGUAUGCGUGUAGAAAUUGCGACUUCAAACAGCUUGCAGACAGCAAUUGUAUCUACGUUAACAAAAUUAUGCACGAAAUCGAUGAGCUGACGCAUAUUGUUGCUGAUGUAAUAUCAGAUCCCACACUGCCAAGAACCGAGGAGCAUCCUUGUCCAAAAUGCAAUCACCGUGAAGCUGUAUUUUUCCAAGCCCAAACUAGGCGAGCAGAAGAAGAAAUGAGACUUUAUUACGUCUGCACAAACCAGCACUGUUCUCAUAGAUGGACAGAAUAAAUUUUACAAUACAACUGGAUCAAUUCUCUGAUCACAAACUGAACCAGCAGUUCUGUUAUUCAUGAAAAAUGAUUUAAGAACUUUCUAUUUCAGAAUAUUUACGGAGUUAACAAAAAUCCGAACAAGCCUAUUGGAAUGAAUUACUUCUAAAAAUUAUAGUAGUAUAGUAAGAUAAUAUAAGCUUUAUUUUUUAAAGAAUAUAUUCGUUGUAAUUUAAAUUAUCGAAAUUCACUAACAGGUCUGAAUUUGUUGGAACCACACAUUUAUACAAUUAAAAGAUUAAUACAUAUGUCAUUUAACAAAUUGCUCUAGAAAUGCUGUGUAAAAUAUCAAUGAGGUUUGCUAUUUCAAAAUAGGGGAAUUGCCAAUCCUCAAUCUUACAGUGUAUUCUUAUGAAGAGAUAAGAAAUAUAUGUAAUUUGUAAAAAUAUAUCAUUUUAAAAGUGA